AGGAACGUAAGACCCCUCAGACUUACGACGCAGCGCCACCCACUGGAGAGGAAUGAGCCAGGCUACGCAACCAUUGGGUCAGUAGUUAAGCCAAACAAACACCUGUCUGGGACCUACACACACGCAUCAGGCCAGACACCAAGCUCAAAUACACAAACACACAUGUUGUAAUAUGUUUUUGCCUCUGUCGGAAAGACAGGAAGGAUAGUCCCGGCAGGUGUAAAGGUAUACAAGUUGAACGACACACAAACAAACUCUCCCAGGUGGAGUGCUCCUCCAUAUACAGCUCGGAGUCCCAGCUUACCUAUCACUCAGCAGCUCACCCAUACAAUUGAGAAGCUACAUGUUCCACAUUCCUGAACCCCCCCCCCCCCCCUCUUUUUUUCAGUGGAACUGGGUUGGGGGUUGGGGAUAACCUCUAAAGUAGGGAGAAUAGCAACGGAGAGGGAGGAAGAGAUGUAUACGAUUUCUAUGAAGUGUGCAGUGUUCUUCCGCCAUACGUUGUGUUGUGCUUUGCUUUGGGGAGUCUGAAAAGUGUCCGAUCCAUGAGGACCUGAAAAUAAAAGUGUGGGAAGGGAGAGAGAGAGAGAGCGAAGCCCUUUGGUCUGCUUUCCCAGGCUGUCCGUCAGGAAGGCUGGAUUUUUUUUACACCGUGACCACCGCGUUGCCCUUUCCUGGGGAAAUCCGAGACAAACAGAAAGCAGUGGGGGGAGGGGAACAGGAACACUGGGCCUGGGAAGGAGAGGAGGGGGGGGGGGCGCGAGGCAGGAACUUUUGGGAAUGCUUAGGAACAUACCCAGUCUACACCUCCCCUUUUGUUACCAGGCCUUUUUAAACCCCAGCCCUCCAGAAAUGUGCCCUGUCCUCUCAGUUCUCAGUGGGUGUUAUGGCUUUAAAUCAAACCAAAAGCAAAGCAGAACUCCUCCAAAACUCGGUCAGUAGCCCUAAACAACUGCUGUUAAUACUAUCCUAUCCCACUCCUUUUGAGUUAAUGAUAACCCAGUUAUUCUUAAAGUGGAACUGACAGCAUUUUAACUAGUUUGCAGUCGUCCUCACGGUGACCGUACGUACAUAUCCCAACCAGAAGCCAUAGAUUACAGGCAACAUCCGCACCGAGCUAAAGGCUAGAGCUGCCGCUUUCAAGGACCGGGACACUAAUCCGGAUGCUUAUAAGAAAUCUCGCUAUGCCCUCACACAAAUCUUCAAACAGGCAAAGCAUCAAUUCAAGACUAAGAUUGAAUCCUACUACACUGGCUCUGACGCUCGUCGGAUGUGGCAGGGCUUGCACAUUUUUACGGACUACGAAGGGAAACCCAGCCGCGAGCUGCCCAGUGACGCAAGCCUACCAGAUGGGCUAAAUGCCUUUUAUGCUUGCUUCGAGGCAAGAAACACUGAAGCAUGCAUGAGAGCACCAGCUGUUCCGGAUGACUUUGUGAUCACGCUCUCCGUAGCCGAUGUGAGCAAGACAUUUAAACAGGUCAACAUUCAUGUACACAUUUGUGUACUCAAAGCAUGCACUUGCCAGUUGCGCGGACCAACUGGCAAGUGUCUUCACUGACAUUUUCGAACUCUCCCUGACCGAGUCUGUAAUACCUACAUGUUUCAAGCAGACCACCAUAGUCCCUGUGCCCAAGAAAGCGAAGGUAACCUGCCUAAAUGACUACCGCCCCAUACCACUCACGUCGGUAACCAUGAAGUGCUUUGAAAGGCUGGUCAUAUCAACACCGUCAUCCCGGAAACCCUAGACCCACUCCAAUUCGCAUACCGCCCCAACAGAUCCACAGAUAUCUCAAUCUCACGUCACACUGCCCUUUCCCACCUGGACAAAAGGAACACCUAUGUGAGAAUGCUGUUCAUUGACUACAGCUCAGUGUUCAACACUGUAGUGCCCACAAAGCUCAUCACUAAGCUAAGGACCCUGGGACUAAACACCUCCCUCUGCAACUGGAUCCUGGACUUCCUGACGAGCCGCCCCCAGGUGGUAAGGGUAGGCAACAACACAUCUACCACGUUGAUCCUCAACACGGGGGCCCCUCAGGGGUGCGUGCUUAGUCCCCUUCUGUACUCCCUGUUCACCCACGACUGCGUGGCCAAGCACGACUCCAACACCAUCAUUAAGUUUGCUGAUGACACAACAGUGGUAGGCCUGAUCACCGACAACGAUGAGACCGCCUAUAGGGAGGAGGUCAGAGACCUGGAAGUGUGGUGCAAGGACAACAACCUCUCCCUCAACGUGAGCAAGACAAAGGAGAUGAUUGUGGACUACAGGAAAAGGACAUGCCCCCAUUCACAUUGAUGGGGCUGUAGGGGAGAGGUUGAGAGUUUCAAGUUGCUUGGUGUCCACAUCACCAACAAACUAUCAUGGUCCAAACACACCAAGACAGUCGUGAAGUGGGCACAACAAAGCAUAUUCCCCCUCAGGAGACUGAAAAUAUUUGGCAUGUGUCCCCAGAUCAUCAAAAAGUUAUACAGCUGCACCAUCGAGAUCAUCCUGACCGAUUGCAUCACCGCCUGGUAUGGCAACUGCUCUGCAUCCGACCUUAAGGUGCUACAGAGGGUAGUGCGUACGGCCCAGUACAUCACUGGGGCCAAGUUUCCUGCCAUCCAGGACCCACACUACCAGUCAAAAGUUUGGACACACCUACUCAUUCAAGGGUUUUUCAAAAUAUAUUUAUAUUUGAGAUUCUUCAAAUGGCCACCCUUUGCCUUGAUGACAGCUUUUGCACACUCUUGGCAUUCUCUCAACCAGCUUCAUGAGAUAGGAAUGCAUUUCAAUUAACAGGUGUGGCUUGUUAAUUUGUGGAAUUUCUUUCCUUCUUAAUGUGUUUGAGACUAAUCAGUUGUGUCGUGACAAGGUAGGGGGGUUUACAGAAGAUAACCCUAUUUGGUAAAAGACCAAGUCCAUAUUAUGGCAUGAACAGCUCAAAUAAGCAAAGAGAAACAACAGUCCAUCAUUACUUUAAGACAUAAUGGUCAGUCAAUACGGAACAUUUCAAGAACUUUCUUCAAGUGCAGUCGCAAAAACCAUCAAGGCUAUGAUGAAACUGGCUCUCAUGAGGACCGCCACAGGAAUGGAAGACCCAGAGUUACCUCUGAUACCUCUGUUCCAACUGCCGUGGCUUUGUGAGAUGCCGUGUGGGUGAAUGGAUGAUCUCUGCAUGUGUAUUUCCCAUAGUAAAGCAUGGAGGAGGAGGUGUUAUGGUGUGGGGGUGCUUUGCUGGUGACACUAUGUCAUUUAUGUUAGAAUUCAAGGCACACUUAACCAGCAUGGCUACCACAGCAUUCUGCAGUGAUACGCCAUCCCAUCUGGUUUGGGCUUAGUGGGACUAUAAUUUGUUUUUCAACAGGACAAUGACCCAACACACCUCCAGGCUGUGUAAGGGCUAUUUUACCAAGAAGGAGAGUGAUGGAGUGCUGCAUCAGAUGACCUGGCCUCCACAAUCCCCCGACCUCAACCCAAUUGAGAUGGUUUGGGAUGAGUCGGACCGCAGAGUGAAGGAAAAGCAGCCAACAAUGUGGGAGCUCAGCAUAUGUGGGAACGCCUUCAAUACUGUUGGAAAAGCAUUCAAGGUGAAGCCAGUUGAGAGAAUGCCAAGAGUGUGCAAAGCUGUCAUCAAGGCAAAGGGGUGGCUAUUUGAAUAAUCUCAAAUCUCAAAUAUAUUUUGAUUUGUUUAACACUUUUUUGGUUACUACAUGAUUCCAUAUGUGUUAUUUCAUAGUUUUGAUGUCUUCACUAUUAUUCUACAAUGUAAAAAUAAAGAAAAACCCUUGAAUGAGUAGGUGUGUCCAAACUGUUGACUGGUACUGUAUAUACUAGGCAGUGUUAGAGGAAGGCCCAAAAAAUUGUCAAAGACUCCAGUCACCCAAGUCAUAGACUGUUCUCUCUGCUACCGCACGGCAAGCGGUACCGGAGCGCCAAGUCUAGGUCCAAAAGGCUCCUUAAAAGCUUCUACCCCCAAGCAAUAAGACUGCUGAACAAUUAAUAAAAUGUUCACCCGGACUAUUUGCAUUGACCCUCCCCCCCCCCCCCUUUGUUUUUACACUGCUGCUACUCGCUGUUUAUUAUCUAUGCAUAGUCACUUUACCGCUACCUACAUGUACAAAUUACCUCGACUAACCUGUAACCCCGCACAUUGACUCGAUACCGUACUUUAGUUCAUUUAGUAAAUAUUUUCUUAACUCUAAUUUAUUAAAACUACAUUGUUGGUUAAGGGCUUGUAAGUAAGCAUUUCACGGUAAGGUCUACACCUGUUGUAUUCGGCACGUGACUAAUAACAUUUAAUUUAAUGUAUUUGAAACUGACAAUCAUAUCAGUUAAAAACAUCAAAUUCCCAGUUUAUGCAAUAAAACCAACUUUAUUAGAGGUUUUAAAAAUAGGUUAUAUUUGAAUAAACAUUACUUGAUGUACACUAACGCAUUGUUAUCAGAAUAGAUGGCUGCAGUUCAAUGCAUGAUUCAUAUAAUUCACCAAUACAUUUCUUGGUAGUCCAAAGAAUAUUGCUAUCAAGUUGUAAGUCACAGGUGGCGUGGUACAUUGUUUGCUGCCUCCAUUCGGGAUGCACUGUUUCAGUUUCAAUGACUCAAUAUUUUUGGAUAAAAACAGAUGUAUAUACAAUCAAACUAGCAAGGACAAUGAUCACAAGUCAGUCAUAACGUGGCUAAUAGGCUAGCGUAUCUAUUUAGGUAGCAAGCUAAAAACACGGAGCCUAACGUUAGCUAGCUAGCUGCUAGGAGGAUGUCAUGUCAUGUCAUUGGAGGAGUGGGUGAGUGACUUUUUCCCCUCAUCGUUGUUUUCGGUGGCUAUACACAGCUAGAGAUGCAGGUGUAAUUUGGUUAGCUAGCAAGAACUUGAACGACAUAUCUCGUGCAUUCGCAAAUUCACUCUGACUAUCUACUCUGAUUUCAGAGCACUCUCGUCUGUGUGCCAGAGCACAGAAUAGCUGAUGAAUUUACGAACGCGCAACACCCGCUGAAUAUGACCGGUGUCAGUAAACGUAGGCAAAGAAAGUAAUAGUUAGACACGAACGCUCUAGAUAACAUGUAAACAGCCUAGCUAACCAGCUCUGCUAGGGUGAGUAAAAUGGUCAGAGUGAGGUGUUCUCUCAUUUGUGUCUGAAAGUAGCUAGCUAGCAAGCUAGUCAACUUUAGCUUGGGUGCUUGAUUGGGAUAAGCAUGCAUUGGCAGGCAAGCUGAAAAAGGACGAGUAGGCUACAAUUCCCCAUGGUUUUAUCAGUGCAAUUUUGACAGCCAAUUAGCUGAAAAAGUUUGAGAGGGUUUAUCUAAUAUUCCUUUGUUAGAUUUUUGCUUAUCUCGCUCUGGAUAGCAUUAGUUGCUCUGGCAAGCAUUAGAGAGAGCCUACCUUUUCAUGGUUGUUUGAUCAAUAGGACUGUAAAGUUCCCAAAUGUAAGAGGACUCCCGUGGUAUUGACAUAUUUGCAGAAAUCUAUUCAGGUGUAUUUUGUGGCUUUUGGCGAAUACGUUCUAAUGAUCUAAAGUCGCGCUGUUGCAACUGCCUGUAAACACACAGUCCAGUUAAAAGUGAAUGAUGGCAGGCCUGUGUGGCAAAAUGGCUUGUUUGCAUGAAAGCCUACCGUAGCUCUGAUUGGCUGUGGGGCGCACCGGUCUGCGUCGACUCCGGUCCUGGACGAGACAGAUGUUUUUAAUAGGUUUUAUUUACUGCAGUGUCUAUUAAUUGUCCAAAUGCACGGCUGCCUUCCCACUCUACAUUGUUAUAGAAUGUUCACAAAGGCCUUACUGUACGUCCUUCCCAAACAUUCUAAGAAUUUAUGAAAAUGACCAUAUCUAAGUGCUCGCUUGUCAGAUUUUUUUUUUGAAGUGUCAUAUUCUUCCUGGGGGGUGUAUAUGAACAGAUUUUAAUAAGAUGUCAUGUUGCUAAAAUUCUGUCAGUUCCACUUUAAGUAGCAGUGAUAUAAACAUUAAGGCAUAGUGACACAUAGUGACGGAGUGGUUAGUGUAGCAAUAGGCUAACGUCAAAAAGGACAAGUGCUAAUGUGUGUGUGAUUUGUUCAGUUUGCCAUGCUUCAGGAUUCGGGAAGUUAGGCAUAUCUAGUGUGAGUGAAACAUGGAGAGAAAGGGAAAGUAUGAAAGUGGGUGGGCUGCUCCAAUGGGUUGGGUGAAGGGUUAGGCUGGUAACCCCUAUGCCAAUGACAGGUUGGAGUGAGAGGUCAGUGUGUAACCCCAUAUCACCUGUGUGACCUCCAGGUGCUGACCCCACGGCGCUGAGAGAACAACUCUUUGACUUCUGGACCAGGAAAGAGCUAGAGGCGGUGAGACAGAAAGCUGCAUUUACAGUGUGUCUGUCAUCAACUUCACAGUCAGGUCGUGUGUGUGAGAGAGAGAGAGAGCGUGUGUGUGUGUGUGAGAAAAAAGCUUGACGGAAUGAAUGAGCGAGCAGUGUAAUGUCAUGUCACAUGCCAGGUCUAAACUGGAGAUAUCUAUGAGAAUAUUGAGCGAAUGACUGUGUGUCUGAAAUAUUGUGCAAAAGAUCAAGCCUCAAGAUUACAAUCUCUCAAACAGACAUGCAUUGUUUGUAGAUAUUGACUAACUGAGGCACAAAAAAAUUGUGAGAUGUUGAAUGAGAAAGGGGAAGUGUGUGACGGUGAGCGCGAAGUACUGUGAGUACUAAAUUCUAUCUAAACAAAAUUAAAGAUUCAAUAUUUUAUUGCCAUGCCAAACAAAGUGUUAGGCAAUUGACAGCUUAUGUGUAACUUGGAGAUGGGAGAUUUGAGCAAAAAAGUUAAUAUGCACAGAUGUUAGGAUUCAGCCCAGAUGGAGAGAGUGUAUCUAAUCCCCCCCAUCUCCUCCCCUGUCCUCUCAGCUGCGAGCUGUAGCCUUCAAGGGCUUUUCAGACUUCCAGACACCCCUAGAGGACCUGCUGGGUGUCCUGGAGGGCUGUCCAGGCAGGCAGAAGGGGAAGGCUACCACCAUGGGUCACAGCAUCCUCAUGGAGUUUGAGCGCUGGAGACGCACCCACCCCAAGGUCAGUCCCAGUAAAGGAAAAACACAUGCUCAACUCUACUGAAGAUCCUCUUCUGUAAACAAGUAAAAAGGGUGCUAGGAACCAAAAAUCAAUCACAUAAAAUAAAAAGGCCAGCACUUUAUUUCACUUGAAUAUGAUUUGCACACACCACACACUGUCACACACACUGAGGAAGGUGCAAGCCGAAAUGUACAGUGCAUUCGAAAAGUAUUCAGACUGUUCCUUUACUUUUUCCUUUAUUUUUUUCCACAUUUUGUUACGUUACAGCCAUAUUCUAAGUUGGAUUCAAUUGUUUGCACAUUUAUAAAAAUAUAAAAACGGAAAUACCACAUUUACAUAUAGUACCAUUCAGUAGUUUGGACACACCUACUCAUUCCAGGGUUUUUCUUUAUUUUUACUAUUUUAUACAUUGUAGAAUAAUAGUGAAGACAUCAAAACAAUGAAAUAACACAUAUGGAAUCAUGUAGUAACCAAAAAAGUGUUAAACAAAUAAAAAUAUAUUUUAGAAUUUAGAUUCUUCAAAGUAGCCACCCUUUGCCUUGAUGACAGCUUUGCACACUCUUGGCAUUCUCUCAACCCGCUUCAUGAGGUAGUCACCUGGAAUGCAUUUCAAUUAACAGGUGUGCCUUGUUAAAAGUUAUUUUGUGGAAUUGCUUUCCUUAAUGCGUUUGAGCCUAUCAGUUGUGUUGUGACAAGGUAAGGGUGGUAUACAGAAGAUAACCCUAUUUGGUAAAAGACCAAGUCCAUAUUAUGGCAAGAACAGCUCAAAUAAGCAAAGAGAAACGACAGUCCAUCAUUACUUUAAGACAUGAAGGUCAGUCAAUCCGGAAAAUCUCAAUAACUUUUAAAGUUUCUUCAAGUGCAGUCACAAAAACCAUCAAGGCUAUGAUGAAACUGGCUCUCAUGAGGACCGCCACAGGAAUGGAAGACCAAGUGUUAUCUCUGCUGCAGAGGACAAAUUCAUUAGAUUUAACUGCACCUCAGAUGGCAGCCCAAAUAAAUGCUUCACAGAGUUCAAGUAACCGACACAUCUCAACAUCAACUGUUCAGAGGAGACUGCAUGAAUCAGGGCUUCAUGGUCGAAUUGCUGCAAAGAAACCACUACUAAAGGACAACAAUAAGAAGAAGAGACUUGCUUGGGCCAAGAAACACGAGCAAUGGAUAUUAGACCGGUGGAAAUCUGUCCUUUGGUCUGAUGAGUCCAAUUUAGAGAUUUUUGGUUUCCCACUGCCGUGUCUUUGUGAGACGCAGAGUAGGUGAACGGAUGAUCUCUGCAAGUGUGGUUCCCACCAUGAAGCAUGGAGGAGGAGGUGUUAUGGUGUGGGGGUGCGUUGCUGGUGACACUGACAGUGAUUUAUUUAGAAUUCAAGGCACACUUAACCAGCAUGGCUACCAUAGCAUUCUGCAGUGAUACGCCAUCCCAUCUGGUUUGGGCUUAGUGGGACUAUCAUUUGUUUUUCAACCUCCAGGCUGUGUAAGGGCUAUUUUACCAAGAAGGAGAGUGAUGGAGUGCUGCAUCAGAUGACCUGGCCUCCACAAUCCCCCGACCUCAACCAAAUUGAGAUGGUUUGGGAUGAGUCGGACGGCAGAGUGAAGGAAAAGCAGCCAACAAGUGCUCAACAUAUGUGAGAACUCCUUCAAGACUGUUGGAAAAGCAUUCUUCAUGAAGCUGGUUGAGAGAAUGCCAAGAGUGUGCAAAGCUGUCAUCAAGGCAAAGGUUUGCUAUUUUGAAGAAUCUCAAAUAUAAAAUAUAUUUUGAUUUGUUUAACACUUUUUUGGUUACUAGAUGAUUCCAUGUGUGUUAUUUCAUAGUUUUGAUGUCUUCACUAUUAUUCUACAAUGUAGAAACUAGUCAAAAUAAAGAAAAACCCUUGAAUGAGUAGGUGUGUCCAAACUUUUGACUGGUACUGUAAGAAUUCAUUCCCUUUACUCAGUACUUUGUUGAAGCACCUUUUGUCAGCGAUUACAGCCUCGAGUCUUCUUGGGUAUGACGCUACAAGCUUGGCACACCUGUAUUUGGGGAGUUUCUCCCAUUCUUCUCUGCAGAUCCUCUCAAGCUCUGUCAGGUUGGAUGGGGAGUGUCGCUGCACAGCUAUUUUCAAGUCUCUCCAGAGAUGUUUGAUCGGGUUCAAGUCCGGGCUCUGGCUGGGCUCUCAAGGACAUUCAGAGACAUGUCCCAAAGCCACUCCUGCUUUGUCUUGGCAGUGUGCUAAGGGUCGUUGUCCUAUUGGAAGGUGAACCUUAGCCCCCAGUCUGAGGUCCUGAGCGAUCUGAAGCAGGUUUUCAUCAAGGAUCUCUCUGUACUUUGCUCCGUUCAUAUUUCCCUCGAUCCUGACUAGUCUCCCAGUUCCUGCCACUGAAAAACAUCCCCACAGCAUGAUGCUGCCAUCACCAUGCUUCACCGUAGGGAUGGUAUUGGCCAGGUGAUGAGCGGUGCCUGGUUUCCUCCAGAUGUGAUGCUUGGCAUUCAGGCCAAAGAGUUCAAUCUUGGUUUCAUAAGACCAGAGAAUCUUGUUUCUCAUGGUAUGAGAUUCCUUUAGGUGCCUUUUGGCAAACUCCAAGCGGGCUGUCAUGUGCCUUUUUACUGAGGAGUGGCUUCCGUCUGGCCACUCUACCAUAAAGGCCUGAUUGGUGAAGUGCUGCAGAAAUGGUUGUCCUUCUGGAAGGUUCUCCCAUCUCCACACAGGUACUCUGGAGCUCUGUCAGAGUGAGCAUCAGGUUCUUGGUCACCUCCCUGACCAAGGCCCUUCUCCCCCGAUUGCUCAGUGUGGCCGGGCGGCCAGCUCUAGGAAGAGUCUUGGUAGUUCCAAACUUCUUCCAUUUAAGAAUGAUGGAGGCCACUGUGUUCUUGGGGACCUUCAAUGCUGCAGAACCUUUUUGGUACCAUUUCCCAGAUUAUGUGCAUCAACACAAUCCUGUCUCGGAGCUCUACGGACAAUUCCUUCGACCUCAUGGCUUGGUUUUUGCUCUGACAUGCACUGUCAACUGUGGGACCUUAUAUAGACAGGUGUGUGCCUUUCCAAAUCAUGUCUAAUCAAUUGAAUGUACCACAGGUGGACUCCAAUCACGUUGUAGAAUCAUCUCAAGGAUGAUCAAUGGAAACAGGAUGCAACUGAGCUCAAUUUCGAGUCUCAUAGCAAAGGGCCUGAAUGCUUAUGUAAAUGUAAUAUUUCCGUGUUUUAAUACAUUUGCAAACAUUUCUAAAAACCUGUUAUUGCUUUGUCAUAAUGGGGUAUUGUGUGUAGAUUGAUGAGGGGGAAAAAACAAUUAAAUCAAUUUUAGAAUAAGGCUGUAACGUAACAAAGUGGAAAAAGUGAAGGGGCCCGAAUACUUUCCGAAUGCACUGUAUGCUUGUGGUUUAUUAAUUAAGACAUAUCGAUACUAUGAGUUAAAGGAAACCAUCACAAAGCGUCAUUUGUAAUUCAAACCUAACCCCAGGUGACCCUCCAGGCCGUCCCGGAGGUCUCUAAACUGGGGCUGCAGCGUCGUGCUCUCAUCCUCCUCACGGACGCCCAGCCCAGCUUCAUGGAUCCUCUCAUAGACAUCUACCAGCUGGGGAGUCUGGACCGGAGCACCCUGAGGCUGCAUAUCAUCAGACUGCAGGCUCUCAACUGCUACAGGGAGGUGGGUUAGUGUUCUGCUAUUCUCCUUCAUCUGGUUGUUGUGGCGGGGUGGAUGGGAAUCAAAUGAGUUAAUCAUGAUGGAGUCAGACAAAGCUGUAUUAGGUGAAUUAAUGAAACUAUAAAUCUCUUGUUUUGGAAUCGAAAUGAAUGUUUUUAGAUAUGAACAAUUAGUAACGUAUAUUUGAUUCAAUGUUAUAAUUGUUUUUCAGGCUGCGUUGUUAACCAUGAAACUGGAGCUUCAGAAUGAAUUGGAUAUGGAGGAGGUGAGAGAUCAGAACUUGUUAUCAAAAGCAAAGGUGUGUCUGUGUGUGUUGCUACUAAACCAUAACCCCCUCGUGUGUGUGUGUGUGUGUGUGUGUGUGUGUGUGUGUUGCAGAUGUGUGUCCCCCUGAUUCUACAGGACAAGCUUCCUAUGGCUGAAUCAUUUGUAAGGGGCCAUCCUAAACUGGAGGAACAUAUGGUCACACUGCUGGACUCCUGGUGCCAUCCUGACUUCAGCAUAGCACAACUAUGCAGGUAUGGUUUGUUUGACUCUCUUUUUCUGUGCGGUGUGUGUGUGCGUUUGUGACAUUAGUUGGGUGGUUUAUGUUUCCUUGUGCUUCACUGCAGGCAGUUCCCCCGCUUGUCCCUCUCCAAACAUCAAACUGAUCAAAUCCAGCCUAAGAUGCUCAGCAAACAAGUGUUUCGACUGAUGGAGAAAUUUAACAUCGACCCAGGUGUGUGUGUGCGUGCGCAUGUGUGUGCGUGUGUUUUCUGAUGUGCCCAUGUGUAUCACUGAUCAUCAGUGUGCCUAAUCAAUAUUUUCAGUGGUUUCAUUUUUCACUUUGCAGGCCUGUGUCCCAACUCUGUGUACAAGCGUAAAUCGGACUCCAUGCGUUUCCUCAUGUAUAAAAGGUUUGUGGAGGUAAGCAGCAGGCCUGGGGCCUUUAACAUGAUACCUUUACAUUUGAGUAAUUUAACAGGCGUUCUUAUGCAGUGUCACUUGCAAUCAGGUCAUUCAAUUAAAGUAUGUUUCUUUAUGUUCUGUGAGGCCUCUGCUUUUCGCCCCAUUCACAUGUCCUCACUUCUCACCCCUCUGUCUUUCAGAAAGGCAUGUCAGAGGAGAACUGGAGUGACCAUGUACAGGUACGCCAUGUGAAAUUAGCUUCAAUUUUUGCUUAGUUUAGUUUGUUAAAAAUGCACAACAGGGCCCAUGCAUGAUAUAAUCUCAGUUUCUCAGUCAUUGGUUGGUUGAUUGAUGGUGUGUGUGUGUGUUCUGUGUUCACUAUAUUGACGAGUAUGGUCAGUCCACAGUGGCAGACGACCCAGAGCUGCAAAUCCAGUUGGUGGAGCUGAUGGUCAAAUAUGGUGGGAUGGUCAGUGCUGCCCAGUGGUCACUACGCUACGGUCUCCCCAAAGAUCGGCUGCCGUUUGGGGUGUGGGACACACAGGAGAGCCUACCACCCUCGUUGAGGUAAGGAGCUGUGGAUAGCCUACCACCCUCGUUGAGGUAAGGAGCUGUGGAGAGCCUACCACCCUCGUUGAGGUAAGGAGCUGUGGAGAGCCUACCACCCUCGUUGAGGUAAGGAGCUGUGGAGAGCCUACCACCCUUGUUUAGGGAAGGAGCUGUGGAGAGCCUACCACCCUUGUUUAGGGAAGGAGCUGUGGAGAGCCUACCACCCUUGUUUAGGGAAGGAGCUGUGGAGAGCCUACCACCCUUGUUUAGGGAAGGAGCUGUGGAGAGCCUACCACCCUUGUUUAGGGAAGGAGCUGUGGAGAGCCUACCACCCUUGUUUAGGGAAGGAGCUGUGGAGAGAAUGUAGGAAUGAAGGAAAAGAAUGUCAUCUUAUCAAUCAGUCAAUCAACGUCUGUGUGUGGUCCAUUGUCCACACACACACUCAUUCAAUCCUGUGCCUCUUCUUCAGGGAGGUAUCUAAAGGUUGCAGUGCUGAGUCGUGGGACCCGCCCCAGGCACACCGUGAUAGGUUCUACCAGCUGCCAAUCACCAGGGACCAUGUCCACUUCCUGGAGACCCUGGAGGGGCUGCAGCUCUGCAGAGAGACAGUGCUACAGGUAUCAAUCAAUCAGAGAGGUGGUUCCACUGAUGGCUUGUGUGUGUGUGUGUGUACACGAUAGCAUGUAAUAAUUUGAAUAAGCUUAGUUUAUAAAGGUUCUCUUGUAGAAAAUGUGCAGCCUAAAUCCCAUGUAAGCACUAAACACCUAUGAAAACUGUUAACUGUGGUAAAAUAAUAGCAUUUAUAAACUGGGUGGUUCGAGCCCUGAAUGCUGAUUUGGCUGACAGCCAUGGUAUAUCAGACCGUAUACCACGGGUAUGACAAAACAUUUAUUUAUACUGCUCUAAUUACGUUGGUAACCAGUUUACAAUAGCAAUACGGCACCUCUGGGGUUUUUGGUACAUGGCCAAUAUACCACGGCUAAGGGCUGUAUCCAGGCACUCCGCGUUGCAUCGUGCCAAAGAACAGCCCUUAGCCGUGGUAUAUUGGCCAUGUACCACACCCCCUCAGGCCUUAUUGCUUAAUUAUAUAAGCAUGUCUGAAUAUUCCCAACCCCUAAAUAUCUCCCCUCCUCUCCCCUGUUCUCCAGCCUGGUUGUAUAGUAGGUGUGGACAUGGAGUGGAGGGCAGGGUUCGGUGCAGUGUCUCCCCAGCAGAGGGUAGCUUUGAUCCAGCUGGCUGUGCCAGGCCAGGUGUUCCUGUUGGACCUGUGUGCCCAUGGAUUCUCUCAACACAACAUCACUGUCACCUUUAUCAGGAGCCUCUUCUCUGCUCCCACAGUCCUCAAGCUGGGUGAGUGGAGGGAUCGGUCUAUAUUGGAUUUAUUUUUGUCUUCAAAACAUUUGGGGAAAGGGUCUUGAUGUGCCUUCAGUGCCUUAGGUUGUCUGUCCAUGUGUCGGCCAGACCUAUGUUCAAAUAAUUGUCCUAAUACUUUAGAUGUGCUUUAUUGAGCUCGUCUGACACAAUGGAAUGAACCAAUGGAAUAAUCCAGGCAGGCUCAAUUAUAUACUAUUUUGAACCCUGGUCUGACAUGACUCUGUCUGUGUCCAGGUUAUGGGAUGGCAGGGGACCUGAAGUGUCUCCUGGCCACAUGGUCCCAGUUCUCUGAGGAACCUCUGAAGAUGGAAGGAGUGUUAGAUCUACUGAACGUGCACCAACAGGUACAGUACAGUUCACCUCAGACCCACCUGGUCUACUGGAGCGUGUUGGCCCUAGAGAGGGUUAUGUACAUACGGCAUAUCUGACUAUACAUUACCAAGAUCAUCUGAGUAUUUUCACCCUCUAGCUGCAAGCUUUGAGGCACAGUCAAGACUACAUUCAAGUUCUUCUGGGGGUAUAGAUUUGUAUUUGUAUUUGUAGAUGGUAGGCUAUAUAGGUUAAAAAGCAGCAAAACUACAUUAUAAGAUUAUAUAAAAACAGGCCGUGUUACUACAUUAUUGAAAAUAGGCUUCCCCUCUUCUAAGCGUGACCAGUAUCCUGUAUGUGUGUGAUCCCUAGAUGCAGCGUAGUGCCAGCAGUCGGGGUGGCAGUGGGGGUCCCCGUGGAGUGCUGGUUGGGGAGGGCCCAUCAGAGAAGGGUCUCAGUCUCCUGGUCCAGCAGGUCCUGGGGAAACCCCUGGAUAAGAUGGAACAGCUGUCUAACUGGGAGAGACGACCACUGAGGACGAGUCAGCUACGAUACGCAGGUAAACCCACACGCUACGGAGGUACACACACACACACACACGCACACGCACACUCACACUCACACACACACACACACACACACUCUCUCUCUCAAAAUUCAAUUCAAAGGGAUAUAUUGGCAUGGGAAACAUAUGUUUACAUUGCCAAAGCAAGUGAAAUAGAUCAUCAACAAUAAAAAAAAAAACAGUUCCAAAGGAAUAAAGACAUUUCAAAUGUCAUAUUAUGUCUAUAUACAGUGUUAUAACGAUGUGCAAAUAGUUGAAGUACAAAAGGGAAAAUAAAUAAACAUAAAUAUGGGUUCUAUUUACAAUGGUGUUUUGUUCUUCACUGGUUGCCAUUUUCUUGUGGCAACAGGUCACAAAUAUUGCUGCUGUGAUGGCACACUGGUAUUUCACCCAAUAGAUAUUGGAGUUUAUCAAAAUAUUAUUUGUUUUCGAAUUCUUUGUGGAUCUGUGUAAUCUGAGGGAAAUAUGUGUCUCUAAUAUGGUCAUACAUUUGGCAGGAGGUUAGGAAGUGCAGCUCAGUUUCCACCUCAUUUUGUGGGCAGUGUGCACAUAGCCUGUCUUCUCUUGAGAGCCAGGUCUGCCUACGGUGGCCUUUCUCAAUAGCAAGGCUAUGCUCAUUGAGUCUGUACAUAGUCAAAGCUUUCCUUAAUUUUGGGUCAGUCACAGUGGUCAGGUAUUCUGCCACUGUGUACUCUCUGUUUAGGGCCAAAUAGCAUUCUAGUUUGCUCUGUUUUUUUGUAAAUUCUUUCCAAUGUGUCAAGUAAUUAUCUUUUUGUUUUCUCAGGAUUUGGUUGGGUGUAAUUGUGUUGCUGUCCUGGGGCUCUGUGGGGUCUGUUUGUGUUUGUGAACAGAGCCCCAGGACCAGCUUACUUAGGGGACUCUUCUCCAGGUUCAUCUCUCUGUAGGUGCUGGCUUUGUUAUGGAAGGUUUGGGAAUCGCUUCCUUUUAAGUGGUUGUAGAAUUUAACGGCUUUUUUCUGGAUUUUGAUAUUUAGCGGGUAUCGGCCUAAUUCUGCUCUGCAUGCGUUAUUUCUCUCCGUCUCUCUCUCUCGCUCUCUCUCUCUCUCUCUCAUUCUUGCGAAGGCCAAUAAAGGGAACUGAACUGGAGCCUCGUUCCAAUGUCCAUAGCUACUUCCUAGAAUGCCUGCCCAAUAUAUGUCCUCAUACUUCAGUAGUAUCCUAGUGUAGACAUUUUAAAUGCUGUCUGUCUUUGAAGAGAUAAAGGGACAGACGAUACUAUCUCUCUCUUUUGAUCUUCCUCUUAUCUUUAUGAGCUCUCUUAUCUCUUCAUCACAUAUUCUUUCCAGUUAUUUUCUCUCACGCCUUCUCACGUCUACCUCCUCACCCUCCUCUCUCUCUCUCUCUGUCUCUCUCACACCCUCCUCUCUCACCCUCCUCUCUCUCUCUCUCUCACACCCUCCUCUCUCUCUCUCACCCUUCUCUCUCUCUCUCUCACACCCUCCUCUCUCUCUCACCCUUCUCUCUCUCUCUCUCUCUCACCAUCCUCUCUCUCUCUCUCUCACCCUUCUCUCUCUCUCUGUCUCUCAAUUUCAAUUUCAAUUUAAGGGCUUUAUAGGCAUGGGAAACGUGUGUUAACAUUGCCAAAGCAAGUGAAGUCGAUAGUAAACAAAAGUGAAAUAAACAAUAAAUAUUAACAGUAAACAUUACACUCAGAAGUUCCAAAAGAAUAAAGACAUUUCAAAUGUCAUAUUAUGUAUAUAUACAGUGUUGUAACAAUGUGCAAAUAGUUAAAGUACAAAUGGGAAAAUAAAUAAACAUAAAUAUGGGUUGUAUUUACAAUGGUGUUUGUUCUUCACUGGUUGCCGUUUUCUUGUGGCAACAGGUCACAAAUCUUGCAGCUGUGAUGGCACACUGUGGUUUUUUCACCCAGUAGAUAUGGGAGUUUAUCAAAAUGUGUUUGUUUUUCAAAUUCUUUGUGGAUCUCUGUAAUCUGAGGGAAAUAUGGGUCUCUAAUAUGGUCUCUUUUUCUCUCUCUCUCUCUCCAGCUGUCGACGCGUACUGCUUACUGGACGUCUACUCAGCCCUCUCUUGUGACCCAGCAUGCUUUGGGCUGCCACAGGACUUGUGCUCGAUCUCCUCACUUCAGACGGAGAAGAGUAAAGCGGAGAAGAAGAGUAAAGAGGAGAAGAAGAAGCAAGCCCGGGUCAGAGGCUAACUACAACUUUGCCACAUCGCCGCCACUAUUGUUUUGUUUGGUUAAGGGUUAGCCAGGGUUGUCAUGGCUAAAUUUUUUAAACAUCAUGAAACCUGAAUUCCAAGAAGUGUUACUCCCUAUAAAGCUCAAUGAGGUGAUGACAAGUUCACACAACUUAGUCCUGGGUGGUUUCAGUACUCUGAUUCUACUUCAUAGGCUACGUAGAACCAAGCAGGGAUAGAAUGGCUCUUUUUAGAAUGUCUCCUCUACCAAUCAGAGCAGGGUUUAGGUCUUAUUGGACAGGGUCAGGAAGUACCUCCCUAUUUCAAAACGUUUCUCUCUAUUGAACACAACCCAUGUUUAAAGCUUUCUCUCUCUGUAAUAUCAGGCACGCCGGGAGUCAGACCAAGCCCCAACCUCGACCCUAGGCCCAGAGAGAACUCCCCAGCCUGGGGAGGAGAGUCAGAGUCCACUGCCCCCCCCCAUGGCUCCUCAGCAGCUGCGUGUGGUGUGUGACAACAUGCUACAGGGUCUGGGGCGCUACCUGCGCUGUCUGGGGGUCGACGUGGUAUUGCUGGAGAAUACUGACGACCACAGGGUGGCUGCACAGGUAGGAUACACAGUAGGACUGACAAUAGAGAGGCACACACACAUAUUCACUGAGGCAGAAACUUGGAGAAUGACGCUCUCUCUAUAUUUUCUUCUGUUCCUCAGUUAGCCCAAGAAGACGGACGAGUCAUACUCACCUGUGGUCAGCCGUACCAGACGGUAAAUAUGAACUGCAUGUUCGAGUGAAUGUCUCAUUAUGUCUGUGGUUGAACUGGGUUCUAACUGUACAGUUGGUAUAUGCGGAGUCAGGAGAUGUUCAUUGUGUGUUUGUGUGUCUAGCUGAAGUCCCAGGUGGGAGAGGGCCGCUGCAUUGCGCUGGACUGCUCAGAAAAAGCCCGGGACCAGGCAGUACGAGUCCUGAAACACUUCAACGUCCAGCCAACCCAGUCAGACAUAUUCAGCCGCUGUCAGGUCGGUCAACAGUGUGUGUGUGUGGGUGUAAUCGUUUGUAUGUGCGUGUGCGUACGUGCCAUGGUUUCCGUUAGGGAAGUUUGGCACCGGACAAUGUGAACGGCAAGAUUUUAAUUUACUGGAUAUUUGAGAAAUUUACCGGACAUUUACAUUUUAAAUUACUCUGCCAUUUUUUAAGUAAUGUCCACCCUGUCCUUGACUUUUCCUAAAUAAGUCUAUAGAACACACUGUCGUUGUUAGAAUCUUAACAUCACUAACAGAAUGUGUGUUUAUAAGCAGUUUGUAAGAAUUUGCCCCUCAUUCACCGCCAGUCAGCCUGCGCAGCUGAUGGCCCAUCGAAUCUACACCUAAACUACACUGAACACAAAUAUAAACGCAACAUGGAACAAUUUCAAAGAUUUUAUUGAGUUACAGUUCAUAUAAGAAAAUCAGUCAAUUGAAAUAAAUAAAUUAGGCCCUAAUCUAUGAAUUUCACAUGACUGUGAAUACAGAGAUGCAUCUGUUGGUCACAAGGUAGGGGCGUGGAUCAGAAAACCAGGCAGUAUCUGGUGUGACAUCCAUUUGCCUCAUGUAGCGCGACACAUCUCCUUUGCAUAGAGAUGAUCAGGCUGUUGAUUGUGGCCUGUGGAAUGUUCACCCACUCCUGUUCAAUGGCUAUGCGAAAUUGCUGGAUAUUGGCGGGAAUGGAACAUGCUGUCGUACACGUCGAUCCAGAGCAUCCCAAACAUGAGUACGCAGGCCAUGGAAGAACUGGGACAUUUUCAGCUUCCAGGAAUUGUGUACAGGUCCUUGCGACAUGGGGCCGUGCAUUAUCAUGCUGAAACAUGAGGUGAUGGUGGCGGAUGAAUGGCACGGUAUCUCUGUGCAUUCAAAUUACCAUCAAUAAUGCGAUUGAUUGUGGUCGUUGUCCGUAGCUUAUGCCUGCCUAUACCAUAACCCCACCGCCACCAUGGGGCACUCUGUUCACAACGUUGAAAUCAGCAAACUGCCCUGCCCGGUACAGUUCAAACUGGGAUUCAUCCGUGAAGAGCACACUUCACCAGCUUGCCAGUAGCCAUCGAAGGUGAUAAUUUGCCCAUUGAAGUUUGUUACGACGCCGAACUGCAGUCAGGUCAAGACCCUGGUGAGGACGACGAGCACGCAGAUUAGCUUCACUGAGACUGUUUCUGACAGUUUGUGCAGAAAUUCUUUGAUUCACAGUUUCAUCAGCUGUCUGGGUGGCUGGUCUCAGAUGAUUCUGCAGGUGAAGAAGCCGGAUGUGGAGGUCCUGGGCUGGCGUGGUUACAAGUGGUCUGUGGUUAUGAGGCCAGUUGGACGUACUGCCAAAUUCUGUAAAACAACGUUGGCGGCGGCUUAGGGUAGAGAAAUUAACAUUCAAUUCUCUGGCAACAGCUCUGGUGGACAUUCCGGCAGUCAGCAUGCCAAUUACACGCUCCCUCAACUUGAGACAUCUGUGGCAUUGUGUUGUGUGACACAACUGCACAUUUUAGAGUGGCCUUUUAUUGUCUCCAGCACAAGGUGCACCUGUGUAAUGAUAAUGCUGUUUAAUCAGCUUCUUGAUAUGCCACACCUGUCAAGUGGAUGGAUUAUCUCACUAACAGGAAUGUAAACAAAUUUGUGCACAACAUUUUAGAGAAAUAACGUUUUUGUGGGUAUGGAACAUUAAUGGGAUAUUUUAUUUCAGCUCAUGAAACAUGGGACCAACACUUUACAUGUUGCGUUUAUAUUUUGGUUCGGUAAUAUAUCUAAACUAAUUCACACACACAAUAAGAGUUAGCCUAAAGACCAGAUUAAAUUGACAGUCUGAUGGGUGACAAUAUUAUCAAUUGUCAAAUUGUAUAUAAAGAGAAGGGCACAGAUUGGAAUUGACACGGAGUCAAAUCCUCCUACAGAGUCACAUGCAGUUAAGACGUUGUGAUUUCAAUAUGGUGUCAGAAAGAGCAGAUUCUGUAUUUCCAUCAAUGAAUGAAAAGCAUUAUUUUGCAAUGAAAUGUUUUUUGCUCCCGGAAAGUUAGGGCCGGCAAAAAAAAGUAUUAUCGGCUAAAAGCCCCAAUUACCGGCAAGCGGACAGUUUGGCCUGGUACGUGCACAUGCAUGUGUAUUCACUUACAGUCAUUUUCACAUGGACAGUUUCAUCAUUUCUGUUUCACUCUGAAGAUAAUAAUCUACAUAAUGAAAUCAUUAGGAAGAACACUCAUCUGAUUUCCAGAUAACUCCCUGUAUCACUUCCUGUUCAUAACAUUACAUUUAGAUUUUAUAUUUUAGUCAUUUAGCAGACGCUCUUAUCAAGAGCGACUUACAGUUAGUGAGUGCAUACAUUUUCAUACUGGCCCCCCGUGGCAAACGAACCCACAACCCUGGCGUUGCAAGCGCCAUGCUCUACCAACUGAGCUACAGGGGACUUGUGAAUGUGGUCGUGCAUUAUGUCAUCAUAGACUUGUGCACAUUAUUCUUUAGCUUAAAUACUAUCAGAGCAACUGUUGAACAAGGGUGUGAAACUGAAGGGUGUGGAACUCUUAUGAACAUAAACAACAGAAAAAUAUUGGUUGCUAGGGUGAUGUGUACGGAAUAAGCCAGCUCAUGGUAGUUUAGUUCCUUUUAAUGUAUUCGUCAUGAAUGAUACAAAAAAGACACUUAUGACGUGUUAGCAGAGUUAUUAGUCAGUCAUUUGCCCAAGGGAUGUCCAGUACUAUACAGUAUCUCUAAGACACAUGUCAUGUCCUGGAAUGGUGGAAAGGAAUUGAGUGUGUCAGGAAGUAGCAGAGAGAGGGCAGCGCUGGAGACCAGUUUCCUGUAAAUCAUAAUGUUUGAAGUGCCUACUGUGGUAAUAUCACUGGAACAAUGGGAUCUUUACUGUGUGCUGUAAACAGGAGGUGUCUGCUGGGAACCGACAAGACAGACAGACAGAGCAGAGAGAGGGGUCAGCCACGGAGAGGAGAGGAGAGGAGGAGGAGGGCAUAGAGGAGGCG